AUGCGUCUGUUCGUCGGCUGCAGCUCCAUCGGCGGCCCGUUGGAGCUCGUCGUCCCCAGAGGAGAGACCCGAGACGGGCUGAGGACUCGCCUCUCUCGUCAACUUGGCGUGCACAAGGACAGAAUCGUCCUCCUGCACAAAGACAAGCAGUUAGCUGCAGGGAAACUCCUGGAGCAGGGAGUAGCCGAUGGCAGCAGACUGACCUUACAGGUGCCAGUGGCAGUCGGAGCUGCUUUAUUUUGUUCUGGUGCCAGGGCCGAGACGAUUAUGGAUGUUUUAGAGCGGCUAGCAGACUGUGAGAUCAGCAACUUCCUGUCCGGUCGUUCGCCUUUAGCCAUUAAACUGGGAAUGGGGGCCCACACGAUGCACGUGCAGCUCCAGUUGACUCCUCAGGAUGUGGCUAAACUGCAGCCGAACAAAGCCUCUGAAGCUAUUAGUAGCCCACCCGCAGAGGUCAACCUGGGCCAGUCUGCUUCGAGCCGCCCCCCCACUCACACAACCACCACUUCGGCAGCGUAUUCUCCGCCAGCCGCAUACUCUGCCAGCUCUAUGCAAUCUGAGCCCCAAGCUGUUCUUUCGAUGGACCGCCGCCGCCGAGCAACAGCGCAUCGCUCACGUCCACACGCCGCUCUUUCAAUGCCCUCCUUCCGCUCCACUUGCCCACUACCAGCGACGACGCCGGUCUCCUACAACGAUGACUCCAUUGCGCCAUCUCGGAGUCCAUUACCAGCCUCCACCUUCAAAGAGUCUUUUCCCUCCUCCGCUGUUGAAGCGAUCGAGCAACCAGGCGCAGUGAUAGAAAGUUUUGCCAAACAUUCUCAAGGAGUAUUCUCUGGAACUUUCUCUGGCACUUUGGCUCCAUGCAUUCAGAGCGGCGUCAGCCCUCGAGGCCGCAGCAUCGCUAUGAUUCUGCAGAUCCUUAAUGACCUCCUCAGAGCUGCCUCACACCACCAGGGGGCUCUGUCGUCCCUUUGUCCAGGUUCUGACGGUCCAAUUCAGGAGCGCCACCACAAACAGAGUACCAAGCCCCCCAGGGAGGCUCCAGCUGAAGAGGCUCAGCCAUUUCUCACAAACUCCCAAGAGAAUCAGACUUUGCACUGCAAACUAAAGCACUUGCAGUCUCUAAUGGUCAGCCGACGUCAGCACAGGCGAACUCACGACGGUUCCCAAGUUUCACGACCAGGUCACCCCUAUCGGCGUCACCAUCGUCCCUAAUCUCUACGGCAACGAGCCAGAUGACUGGACUUGGAGUCGCUUUGGACGUCAUCGCUUGUGCGGAUGCUACUGUUUAUUGAAUAAUGAAAAGAAAUGACUGAGCAAAAAAGUUUGGGUGAUUUAAUUCCAACAUAUCGACGUUGAUGAUCCUUUAUAAACAUAACUGAGAAGAACAGAUUUUCCCAAUACAAUUAAGAUUAAAAACAAACAAACACACAAACAAAUGAAAAAAAAUGAGUAAGCCUCUUGCUUGGUUAAUUUUUUUUUUUUCCACUGCUCACCAGGAAGUGAUUAUAAAAUAUAUCCAGAGAGACCAACAGAGGCCAAGGAAUGUUUGGAUUACCAUCUUUUGACCCAAAUGAGUACAGUAGCGAUGAACUGAAAUAAGAAUUUUGAUUUCCAGAGCAAGGAAACACAUUCGAUCAUAUUUUCAGGACAGUGUUUGAUCUCUAUGCAAAGUCUAUUUAAUAACAGCGAUAGCAUAGCACGUAGUCUAGAGUGUUCUCUCAAGAUAUGUAUUCUUUUCGGGAAAUUAAUUUGGAAUUGGACAGACUCUUGUUGUCAAUUUCAUUAAACACUCUGAUAAAUCAACAAGCUGGAGCCUAAAGUCAAAUCCCAAACCUCGGGACUGUGAGGCAGAUGUUUGAAACACCUUAACACUGUGCUGCAAUGCUUGAGUCCAUAUUUCCAUAAACAGCCAUCUCAUGUGAAAAGUAAUCCAACUAGUUAUUUAGAUCAAUAUUUACACAUCAGCCACUUUGUGCGGAAAGUAAAAUUGAGUUCAUAAAGUG